GGCUGGGUGACUCUCGCUCAAAAAGAAAAGGGGGAUCAUUACCUCAGAAGGGUCAAUUCUAUCUAGCUAUGGCCAUCACUCUGUCCCACUGGCCUCCCUGGAUCCCCAGUACAGAUGUUCAGAAACGAGUCGUUCUUCUCCCCUUGAAUCUCAGUAGUUGUGCCUGCCUUUCAAGAACCCAACAGACCAUGUGUGUGACGACGCUUCGUAAAUUGCCAACUGCCAAACAGCACAUCAUUAUCACGUUAGGAAAUUAUACACACAAGGACACAUUCAACAGGAGCGAAACAUCUGCUGCAGACAACUGCAGAAUUUGUUCGUGGCAGCAGAUUUUUGAUGGCCCUCUGAGGUCAAAACGACUUAGGGUUUAGUCAUUCCAGGACUGAACCCAUACAUUAACAUCGCUCUGAAUUGCCCAGGGAUUCUAUUUAUAGACACGCUGAUGGUUGAGUGCUCUUGGAACACUUGGCUGUUAAAUUACUUGGCGCCUUGUGUGGAUCGCGUGGCUCGGAGGACGCCUGUGUGGUUUAUGAGUUUGGCAGCUCAUAACUUCAGGGCCUCACCUAGCCUCACACGCUAGUCUUGGUCACCUUGGAAACGGUCCUAUUCUCAGUGCAGAACACAGAGCCCCAUGGUUGUCACAGGUUUAACUAGCUGCUGUUUUCUCUGCUGGUAAUUAAACACACACACACACACACACACACACAGUGCCUUCGAAGCUACUUUAAAGAGUACUCACAGUGAAGUGUUUUUGUUUUGUUCUGUUCAUGCUUGUUUCUGAGAAAGGGUCUCUCUCUGUAUCCCUGGCUGCACUGUAAUUUGAUUUGUAGACCAGGCUGGCCUCAAAUUCACAGGAAUCUGCCUGCUUCUGCUUCUCAAGGGUUCAAAAUAAUGGUGUGUGCCACCAGGCUUAGCCCAAGACAUUUUUUAAGAUCUCAGAGACAAGGCCAAGUCGCUGAGGUUAAUAUAAAAUGAGGAAAAAUAAGAGCUAGAAGAUUAAAGAUGGAAAAGAGAAAAGGGGAAGGAUUUGGAGAAAGGAAAUUAGGCGAUUGUUCAGUCUCACAGAUGAGAAAGCCGAGGCCACGGGGCUGGGGAUUUAGCUCAGUGGUAGAGCGCUUGCCUAGGAAGCGCAAGGUCCUGGGUUCGGUCCCCAGCUCCAGAAAAAAGAACAAAAAAAAAAAAAGAGAAAGCCGAGGCCGGGGGGCCCAACUGUUAUUUCUGUGUCACCAUAACCAGGACACCUGCAGAAUCAAUAGAGGAAAGGUGACUUUUGGCUCACAGUUUCAGGGGGUUUCAGUUCACUGUGGCAGGAAGGGGGCAUGACAGAGGAACUUAGUUUAGCUCAUAGUAAAACAGCCACUUGGCAGCCACUAUUCACGUCACAGUUGACAGAGAGCAAGGCUGGAGCUUGGGGCUGCUCAUAACCUUAAAGGCCCACGCCCGGUAGCCUAAAUCCUCCAGCGAGGUUCACAUCCUAAAAGUCUACCACCCCUUCUGGAAUAUCACCACCAGGUGGGUGGACUAUAUCAACAGGAGCAUUCAAAACAUAAAGCCAUGAUGGACCUUUCCGAUUCAAUUUGUAACAAUAACCAACAAGUACCAGAGCCUGGUGAUGGAGGAUCCUCUCAGGAGAAAAGGAGCAUACCCAAGAUUGAGUUUUCUGGAUGUUCACAGAAAUAAAGGAUGCAGCCAAAUGGAAGGUGUGCUUCCCAUCUGCUGUUAAAUUAAUUCCUGAGACAAGCCCAGGAAAGAAGGAUGAGAAAUGGAGAAGUAACAAGACGCUUAGGGAGUGUAUUGAUUAGCUACUGUUACGUAACAAACCAUCCCAAAUUCGGUAUCUUAAGCAAUAAUCCCUUAUUGUUAAAUUAACCUGUGGAGAGAUUCCCUGGCUCCCAGAGAAACGACAACCUAAAAGGGCAGCCCUCCUCUUGUCUUGUGACAACUGAACCUGUCAUCACCAUCUCAUGAGGCAACACUGGAAGAAGAUCCUUGGCCAUCAUGGUAUGAACAGCAACCACAUUCGCUUCCUCGGCUUCCUGUCAUCUAGGACGCACUCCAUUCCCUCUGGUCUCCUUGUCUUACUCACUGUUCUAUUGCUGUGACGAGACACCAGAAACAAGGCAACUCUUAGACAAGACUUUAAUUCACAGUUUCAGAGGUUUAGUCCCUUUUCAUCAUGGCGGCAGCCAUGGUACUGGGGCAGUAGCUGCAGCCUAAUCCAAAAUGCCCAGAGAAAACAAUGCUAGGCCAGGCAUGAGCUUUGAGCCCACCCUACACCCGCAACCCCCUUCCUCCACCUCCACCCCCACCCAUCCUACCCCUAUCCCUACCGCCAUCCUCCAUCCCCAAUCCCCAGUCCCCCAUGACACACACUUGCAGCUGCCUGUUCUGUUUCCACAGCCAGGUGGCUCACUUUGGCCUGAAGCAUCCUUAGUGGGAUUUGCUGGGAUUCCCAAAGAGCAGACAAAGAACACAGAAGGAACGCUCUCUCUCUGAGCACCGUGGCAUGGAAUGUUAAGUGGUUGGCAAAUGGCUUCAACACUUGUUAAAAGUAACCCUGAUGACCUGAGUGGCCCCAGGAACCCACCGAAAGGUGGAGACAGAAAACCACCCCUCAGAGCUCACUGCCUUCCAGGCCCACAAGCAUGCCCACACAACACACACACACACACACACACACACACACACACACAACACACAUACACACACAUACAACACACACACAACACACACAUACAACACACACACACAUACACACACAUACACACACAACACACACACAUACAACACACACACACAUACACACACAUACAACACACACACACACACACAACACACACAACACACACACAUACAACACACACACAACACACACAUACAACACACACACACAUACACACACAUACACACACAACACACACACAUACAACACACACACAUACACACACAUACAACACACACACACACACAACACACACACACACAACACACACACAUACAACACACACAUACAACACACACACAUACAUACAACAUACACACACAACACACAUACACACACAUACAACACACACACACAACACACACACACACAUACAACACACACACACAACACACACAUACAACACACACACAUACAUACAACAUACACACACAACACACAUACACACACAUACAACACACACACACAACACACACACACACAUACAACACACACACACAACACACACAUACACACACAUACAACACACACACACAACACACACACACAUACAACACACACACAACACACAUACACACACAUACAACACACACACACACAACACACACACAUACAACACACACAUACAACACACACACAUACAUACACACACACACAACACACACACAUACAACACACACACAACACACACACACACACCCAACCACUUGGAUAACACACAUGCCCACACAGACACACACACACACACACACACACACACACACAGCCACUUGGAUAACACACAUGUCCACACAUAACACACACACACACACAGCCACUUGGAUAACACACAUGCCCACACAGACACACACACACACACCCUCUGUAACAUCACCCACCCCACAAAAUAAUAUAAAUAAAUAAAUGGGGUAUAUCAGGUAGGUGGUAUAAUACAAAGAAUAUCAGUCAGUUCACUGCCUGAAUCUUAGCUCUGCCACACACUGACCUGGGGAACUUCUUUAUUUCACCUGUCUGGGUCACAUAGGUCAGCUUUGCAAAACGGGGAUAAUGGCGUUGAGCGGAGAACCACAAGAACUCUGUGAAGGUCCCGGGCAGCCAUGAUAAAGCAUUGUGCCUCCCAGAUUAGCAGCAGCAGCACUCCACAUGGCCUAGUCUGCGAAGGACCCUGCUGCUCACUGGACUGCUGGCCCAGCUACCUAAGCACUGGGUGUCCCACCCCAAAAGGAUUGGUUUGGGUUUUGGUUUUUUACACUCAGUAGUUCAGCUCAGCUUCAAACUCAUUAGGUAGUUUUAGUUGUUUUCCUUAAAUACCCUGACAAAAGUAACUUAGAGGAAAAAGGAUUUAAUUGGGCUCACAGUUCAUGGUUACAGUCCGUGAUGGUGAGAGGCUGACAGUGGCUGCAGGAGUUUGAAGCAGCCAGUCACAAGAAGCAAAGAGCAGUGUUUGUGCUCAGCGUAUCGUCUCCUUCCUAGAGAGCCCAGGUACACGGCAGCUCGCCGCGUCUCCUCAGCUCAAUUAGCCUAAUUACGAUAAUUCCUCAUAGGCUUGUCCAGCCAGAGCCUAUCUCCCAGGUGAUUUUAGAUUUCAUUAACCUGGCAGGGUUCGCCCUCACAAUAGCCAAAGCUGGUCUUGGCCUCCUGGUCUUCCCAGCGCCUUCUCCCAGGUACAGGUGCAGUCACUCCCAACUGUGUCUGGAGCUCUUGAGUUUUGCGGUUUUUGAGACAGGACUGUAUUAUGUAGUGGAGGCUGGCCUCAGACUAUCCAUUUUUCUGUUCAUAUGCCCAACCGCUGCAGUUUCAGCUGUGCACCACCACACUGAACCCAAGUUUCUUUUCUUUUUUCUUUUUCUUUCUUUCUCUUUUUGGGAAAGGGUCUCACUGUGUAACCUUGGCUCCUGGCUGCUGCCCUGGAGCUCAACAUGUAGAUCAGCUUGGCCUCCAACUCGCAAAGAUCCACCUGACUCUGCCUCCCCCUUGCUGAGAUUCAAGGCACCUGCCACCACCGUGCCUGGAUUCCGAGUGAAUUCCUAAAAACUUGGCUUUCCCUCUGCUGUGGAAACAGACUGGAAAUCCCAGUAACUCCAGAGGCUAAUAAUGAAGGGGAGCCACAAGCUCAAUGCUUACCUGGACUACAGAGUGAGUUCAAGGCCAGCCUAGGCACUCAGUGAGACCCUGUCUCAAAAUACAAUAAAUAGAAAAAAUGCUUCCGUGGUUAGGAACUCUUACUGCUGUCUCAGAGGACCAGAGUUUGGUUCCCAGCACUAAUAUGCGACAGCUCACUGGCACUGAUAACUCCAUUUCAGGGGCUCCCGUGGCUUCUCGUGGCAUCUGUAGGCACCUACACACACAUGGCAGGCAUUCACACAGACUCACACUUAUACACAUAAAUUUUAAAAAUAUAUCUUAAAAUAAUAGGACUGAAGAUGUAGUGCCAUGGUAAACUAUCGCUAAUGCUCAUAAAUGUCCAGUACCAAAUAUGGAAGGGUGUUGGUAGUUUAGUGGUAGAAUUCUUGCCCCCCAGAGACUAAUUAAUCAAGACCAGGCUACGUGUGAGUAGAAAGAGACCGCAAAGGAGUCUGAGGUCAAACGAGUGUGGGAAACACCGGGUUACCUAACACCAAAACAAGCUUCUUUCCUGCAAGACCUUUCUGGAGUGUUGAGCAGAGCUGUCCAUUUCAUAAUCUCUGGUGAGAGACAGACUGCAGUGCUGUUUUAAAUGCCUUUGUCCUGGGAGCCCUUUCUCAGCUGGCAAGGAAAAUGAGGCAUCUGUCCACAUAGGCGAAACCACGUAACCUCCCAAGGUCAGGCUGGGCUGUGACUGUGACGCACAUGACUGUAAUCCAGACACGUGGGAUUCUGAGGCCACAGGAUCAGGAGUUCAAGGUCAUCUCUGGCUACAUCAUCUAUUUGAAGCCCUCUUGGGUUUCAUGAGACUCAGAUAGACAAGCGCACCAAACAAUGCCAACCAAGGUCAGCCUCAAUAUGCACCCCAAGGAUCGAGAUUCCCCUUCUUCUGUCCCAAGUGGUGACUUAAAAAGUACAGUCAGCCUCCGUGUCCUCAUCCAUCCCUGCUGUGCCUAAAAGGAGAAGGCUACCUUCUCGGGACUCCUCACCCCCAUUCCCAUCCUCAGCUAGCCGCAGUGCCAGUUGGUCUGCAAGCAUAACUGCUUUCCCUUCUCAGCCAGGUCUUCCAGCUUCCAGCUCGGUAAAUUUCCAGAGAGUAAAUUUCCUGGGCCUUGCAAUUGCCAGUUUGUAUGCUAAUGAGCUUUUUUAAAAAAAAAAAAAAACCCGUGAUGAGUUUUGAGACUAUAACUAAGAGAUUUAAGGAAAAGGUCAGAGCAGGAACAAAGCAAAAACCUGGGCUAAGUCUUGAGACUAGGGAAGGGGCUGGGAGCAAAUGAACCCCAGGGGAUGGAGGCAGGAGAAUCAGGAGUCCAAAGACAUUGUUCUGCGAUGUAUUGAGUUUGAGGCCAGCCCAAGGUAUAUGAGGAGCUGUUGUGGAAAAAAAAAAAGGAAGGAAGGAAGGAAGGGAGGAAGAAAAGAAAGAAAAGCAAAUUAUAACUAUGCACAAUGGGUCUCAGUUCUCAUACAAGCUUCCCUGCAUGCUCUCCUAAAGAUUGAACCUACAGUAACACCUCCUAGGCAAUCCUUCUUCCAAAGAGCUGUAUCCUCAGUCCUCUGCAUUGUGUGUGUGGUGUGUGUGUGUGUGUGUGUGUGUGUGUGUGUCUGUCUGUCUGUCUGUCUGUCUGUCAGUCAGUCUGUGUGUGUAUGUGUGCGUGCAUGCACACGUGCAUGCCUGUGUUGGUGACACACAUCAAGUCAUUCCUCAGUGGACGUCUACCCAGAAUUUUGAAACAGGGUCUCUAUUGGCCUAAAGCUCACCAAGGAGGCUUGCCUGGCUGAGGUGUGUGAUACGGGGACCGGCCUGUCUCGGCCUGCCCAGUGCUGGGAUGGCAGGUGCACAUCACCAUGCCCACCCUCAGUGCAGUUGCUGAGGGUCAGAUCCAGGUCCUCAUGCUCAAACAGAAAGCACUUUCUGACUCCGUCAUCUCCCCAACUCCAUCAUUUCCACACAGGGUCUCACUACCUUACCUGAACUCACUCUAUCAAUACAGUCUGGCCUUAAAGGUUUUUUAAAUAUAGAUUUAUUUGUUUUACUUUUAUAUGUAUAAGUUUUGCCUGCAUGUAUAUAUAUGCAAUACCUAUAUGUCUGGUACUGGAACAGGGCCUUGGAUCCACCGGAACUGGAAUUUCCGAUGGUUGUGAACCCCCAGUAUGUGCUGAGAAUCAAACCCUUGUCCUCUGUAAGAUCCGCAAGUGCCUUAAUCACUGAACCAUCUCUCCAGCCCCUGACUUUGAACUUCUAAUCCUCCUACCUCACCCUCACAAGAACUAGAAUUUAUGGCUUUACCACCACACUCAAUCUACCAACAAGUCUUUGUUCACCAGCAGCUCUGAAGCAGAUUCCUGACGGAAAGUCUGAGAAGAGUUGCCUGCACAACAAUACAUCUGCCUGGGAUUAAUCCAAGACAGCCCCGAGCCCGCCAUGCGCUCCUCCAGGCUGUCUGCCCCAUUGCAGUCUGGGAAACCAAGGAAUGUCCGCAACAUAAGGAGCAGGUUCUGGAGCCAACAGGAGGAGGAUGGGCCAGGUCCCCUGUGAGAGAACAAGGCAGACCUUUGCCUGGGAGGUGACUUUGAUGAUCUACCCAUGCUUGGAUCAAUCCCAUCUGUUCUUCUCAUCUGUUCUGUGGAGACCUGAGGCUGCCAUGCUCCCUUUGUGUUUGGGACUGGGUUUCACUGAGUAGCUGUCUUAUCCUCCUGAGCGCAGGGAUCAUGGCUGUGUGUGACCACAGCCAGUCUUUUUUAUUUUAUUUUUUUCUGAUUUACAUUUUAAGCAUGUCACAGCAGGGAAGUCAAGGCAACAGGAGUGAUUGUCUUAGUUAGGGUUUUACUGCUGUGAACAGACACCGUGACCAAGGCAACUCUUACAAGGACAACAGUUAAAUGGGGCUGGCUUACAGGUUCAGAGGUUCAGUCCAUCGUCAUCAAGGCGGGAACAUGGCAGCAUCCAGGCAGGCACGGUGCAGGAGGAGCUGAGAGUUCUACAUCUUUUUUUUUUUUUUAAAGAUUUAUUUGUUUAUUUUAUGUAUGUGAUUACACUGUAGCUGUCUUCAGACACACCAGAAGAGGGCAUCAGAUCCCAUUACAGAUGGUUGUGAGCCACCAUGUGGUUGCUGAGAAUUGAACUCGGGACCUCUGGAAGAGCAGUCAGUGCUCUUAACCGUUGAAUCAUCGCUCCAGCCCCAACCACAGCUAGUCUUAAGUCUCAGCUGCAGAAUACUAUGUGGGCUAGGGGAAUCAAGGCCGUGAUCCCAGCACUUGAGAGAGUGAGGCAGGGGGACAUUUGAGGAUUUGACAAAAUAGGACAUGGCAGACAACAAACCCACGAGCAAAGAAACUGUGAAAUCAACCUGAUACAAGGAAUCACCCGGUUGUCGACCAAAGGACGCUGCCGAAAUCUGAUUCCAAUCAUGCAGGACGGAACUCUUCUCAGGAAGAACUCUGCAGCUUGCGCAGUUUACACAGUUCCAGGAUGGCGAGCAAGCCCUAAAAUUUGAGAGACUCUCGACUGGGAAAGGCUGAGAGGUGAGGAGGUGGAGAGCAAAGUGACUGGUGUAGGCCACGGAGCCGCUCUUCUUUCCGAGACACUGUGGGCUGGCCCCCUCUGCCCACUUCAUAGGAGGAAGAAGUCGGGAUCCAAUUGCCAACUAAGGCUAACCCAAGGUCAUCUUGGCACCACUCCCUGUCUACAAAACUGUGUAGACCAAUCUCCAAGGACAAGCGCCCUCUUAAUGCCGCUCAGGAACUGUGCGCAGUGUUUAGACAUCUCCAAGGGCUCCCACUGUUUAAAUGGUGCUUAUUAUGGUCACUUUUCUGAAAUUGGAAAGAUUCAAAAAUAGUAAAUCUGUCACAAACAGGCAAUGACUGCUUCUGUGAGUUCAACCAUCAAGUAGCAAAGCCCCCUUUGUGCUGAGAAUCAACAUUAUUUUACUUUGGGACUCUUGCCCGGAUUUCUGUUAAUUCGUUCACACAUGCUUUCUCCUCCCAGUCUUGUGACUUGAUGAAGUCUUCUCAGCUGGGUCAGGAAACAAGGAGAAAUGUCAGAGGUGGACUCAGCAGCCUCUUACGUGCCCUGGCCUCACCCGGACGUUGAAAGGUUCCCCACCUCAUACACUUCCCAGGGCAGGAGCCCCCUUUUCAGGCUCUGCUAGGGUUCACCUAGCACAACUAUCCUGUUGUAUUUGUCCAUGUGCAUAACAAACCUUGCCCAGGCCUCGUCCGCCAUUUUAUGGCUCUUUUUGCUGGCAGCUCAUCUACCCAGGUUGAGAGAUGGGGUCAAUGGGGGCUGCAGCAUCUGGGUUGGAAGUCCUAUGUGACUGAGAAGUCCAAUGUGACUGGGAAGUCCAAUGUGACUGAGAAGUCCAAUGUGGCUCUUCCAAUGGCCGCUAAGUGCUGAUGGCCAUCAGCUGAGACCUGGACUGUGCAGAGGCCUGUCUACCCCUGACCUCCUGUGUGUGUGUGGAUCACCCACAGUGCAGUGGCUGGGCCUGGAGAGGUAGAAUUCUAACAGCAAGAGUUCUAAAGAGGGACUGGGCAAGGUACUUGUGUCUGUAAUCUCAGCCUUCCAGAGGGAAGGUUGAGUGUAGUCUGUGGACUCUGGACCUUCUGGAUCUAAAGUAAGAGAUUGUUGUGAACCACUGUGUGAAUACUGGAACUCAAACAAUAAAUGCUCUUACCGCUGAGCCAUCUCUCCAGCCCCCAUUUGUUAAUCAAAAAAAAAAAAAAAAAAAAAAAAAAAAAAGAAGAAGAAGAAGAAAAGAAAAAAAAGAAAAUCCUACAAUAUGUUUUUGCCCUCCCCCAACCCCUCUCAGGUCCUCCCUGCAGAGCUAACAGGUCUGAGCAUUGCAAACAUGGCCCCAGCAGUUUCUGCCAUCUCCCCUCCCCUCACCCUUGCUAAACUGAUAGAUUACAUUUUAAAGGCCAGCCCCCAAGGUCUAUUCCCUUAUUUGGCCACUGACUCCUUCCUGAGACUGAACACCAAGGUCCAGCAGUCUAAAUUUACUGUUUGGCUACACAGGCUGACCUGUCCAAUCAGGGCUAACCAACUUACCCCAGCACAGACUUCCCCUUUUUCCCCCUUAAAAACCACUCCUGUUAAAAAAAAAAACAAAACAAACACCCCCCCCCCCCAAAAAAGGAAAACAAAAGCAAACAAAUAAAAAUACCACUUGCUGUCUGUCUUUGUUUGACCCAGGGAAAGUCCAUCCCCCAUCCCCCACCCCCCACCCCCCACCCCAGCCAUUCUCACUUCCUUACUCCUCCCACCUACCCAAACCUCUUUUCCCAGGGGUAAUAAAUCACCUUUGUGCUGAGCAGUUGGGUGUCUGGGUGUGUUCUGUAGCAACUCUGAGGGGCCCCUUACACUUCUAACCUUCAUACCCACCCAACUCUUCAUUCCUCUCUCUCUCUCUCUCUCUCUCUCUCUCUCUCUCUCUCUCUCUCUCUCUCUCAUACAUAACAACAAACACCAUAAGCCUAACAGAGUUGACACACACCU